AUGUCGCUCUUGUUUUUAGUGUGUUACCUACGAUUUAUUCCAUCCAUUGGAAGUUACAAGUUUUUGAGGCAGGACUGUGAACCAUCUGGGGAUCUAUUGCCUUCAUUUGGGGCUUAUUUUGAUAAAAGCGAUUCUGGUCUUUUUAGUUCAAGAUUUGAUCCUUGUCACCAUGCCAACGAAAGUUUCGGAAACAUUUCUUGUAAAUCAGAGAGAGUUCGGUAUAUUGGUCAACAAGCAGUUCAAUGGUUCCCAGGGCAUAUGCGUAAAGGCAUGGAUGUCAUUCAUUCUAAAAUGCCACUUGUUGAUGUCAUUAUCGAAGUUCACGACGCAAGGAUACCUUUCUCCGGUAGACCUGAGAUUUUUCAGAAGUUUGAAUUGAAUCGUCCUACAAUUUUGUUGAUGAACAAAAUUGACUUGGCCGAACCAAUUAGUGAUCGGCAGGCUCAUACAAAUCGAAUUGUUGAGGAAUCACGUAUUAUUAAACGUGGUCCACUUGAAGUAUACUAUACUCAGCUUAACGCACCUGAAAAGCAGAAGGGGAUUUUGAAACGACUGAUGUCCAGUUUACCUCAUUUAGCUACUACCUCAGGGCAUCCUGCCAAUUCAGUUAUAACAGUUAUGGUCUUAGGUAUUCCAAAUAGUGGUAAAAGUACACUGAUUAAUGUCCUACGAAGUAUUGGGCAGGGAGGUCCUGGGGGUGCAGCAAGAGUUGGACGCACAGCUGGUCAAACUCGUUCUGUGGGUCAUCCGAUCAUUUUAUACAGAGGAAACUCAAGUCAUAUUUCGGAUGAUACUGAUGACAGUGUAAUGGGUCUCACUGACUACAAAAUUCAGGUGUUUGAUACACCUGGUAUCCUAGAGCCUCGUGCUCGAACUUUAAGUGAACGACUUAGCCUUUGUGUUUGUGGAGCUGUGGAUUAUUCAUCUCUUCAACCAGAAGUACUAGUGGAUUACUUGUUAUUUUGGUUGAAUCGUCGUCAACGUACAGAAUACGUUUCUCUUUUUGAUUUACCUGGUCCUACCACUGAUGUUAACGAAUUAUUGAUCAGCGUGUGCUUUAAAAACAAAUUUUUCCUGACUGUAUCUAAACCAAGUUGGUUACCUAACGAAAUAGAAACUUCAGAUGAGUUAUUUAAAAGUAAUAUCACUCAAAAGAUGGCUAUACCUGAUAUUAAACGUGCUGCCUUUCAUAUCCUUAGCUUAUUUAAUAAAAGAUAUUUUGGUCCAGUUACUUUCUUACCUGAGGAUGAAAAGUUAGCGGAUAAUUUCUUUCAUCUUGCUUAG